CUCACUUACCACCAGGUCCUCUCUUUCGGAUCCAACCCCUGACUAGCGCUUAACCACCGCUGAUCCCCACUCGUACGCUCUUUCUCAGACUCGCUUCUCCGGACACUCCAUACCUGUACAUCUUACCCAAGCAAGCUUUACGAACAGAACUUCAUCUCAAAUACCCUCGAUACCAUAACUUGCCUGACCAUGGUUCACUUUACUUCUCUCGCCGCCGUUGCGGCAGCUGCCGUCUUGGCUUCCUCGCCUCUGGUCUCGGCCUCGGCCCACCAGCACAUUAAGCGUCAGGCGACUGCUACCAGCAAGCUCCCUGCCAGCCUCUCCUCGGCCAUCAAGGACAUCACCAGUGGAGUGCCCAAGCACACACCCACUUACACGCUGAGCACAACCUACAGCGCCGGCGCUACCAACACGUUCAUCAGUGGCGCACCCGCUCUUCCAGCUACCACUGCUCUCACCAUCGCCGACUUCCCGACCCUUGACGUGGUUCCUCCUACCAACUCCAGCCAGGCCAAGGCAUGGCUGGCCCAGUACGACCUGUCCGGUGUGCCCGACAUUCCCGUCACCACGGACUCCGCUUCGUGUUCCAGCAACGCAGAGAACCUGGCCGAUGCUGCAAAGAACCACUGGUGGACUUGCGGUGGGUACACCACCGACACCGACAUUACCGUCUGUCCCGACGAGAACACUUGGGGAGUCUCCUACGAUGAUGGACCGUCGCCUUACACCCCGAAGCUCCUCAAGGCUCUCGAAGACAACGGUGAUCUGAAGGCUACCUUCUUCGUCGUCGGCUCUCGUGUCCUUUCUCGUCCUGAGAUGCUCCAGUACGAGUACAUGCAGGGACACCAGAUCUCUGUCCACACCUGGUCUCACCCUGCUCUCACCACCCUCUCUAACGAGGAGAUUCUUCUCGAGCUCGCCUGGACCAAGGAGGUCAUCCGUCAGACCAUUGGUGUCACACCCAACACCAUGCGACCUCCCUAUGGAGACAUCGACGAUCGUGUCCGUGCCAUCUGCAAGCUGCUUGACCUCACCCCCAUCAUCUGGACUUCGACUUCGGACGGAAGCAACUUCGAUACUAAUGACUGGCAGAUCCAGGGUGGUGCCGUCAGCACCGAGGAGGUCGUCGAGACGUUCGAGACCAUUCUUGAGAAGGUCCCCACCCUCGACACUGGUUACAUUGUGCUCCAGCACGACCUAUACGAGCAGUCGACUGAGCUGGCCGUCGACGUUGUCCUCCCAAUUGCGCUGUCCAUGCAGCCCACCCAGAGUCUGAUGCCUAUCAUCACCUGUCUCAAGCAGGAUCUGGGUAACGCUUACAUCGAGACCAAUGCAAACACGUCUGAGUCCGAGCCCUAUGCCACUGGUACAUCGUCAGUAGCUUCCCAGACCAGGACUUCCACUGCGGGGGGUUCGACUGGCACUUCUGGUGGAUCGAGCAGCAGCAGUGAUACCACAAGCACAAGUGGUGCUAUGACUCUCGCCGUCGCCGGUCCCGUUGCAGCACUCGCUGGUCUUGUGUCCUUCGGAAUGGCUCUGCUUGCCUAGGUGGCCAGAGCAGUGGGACAGAUCAGCGUUCCCACGCUCUUCUCUUCCCCCUCUACUACUUGAAUCAAUAUUGUAAUUCUCGUCCCACUCUUCUCGUCCACCCAUUCCAUCCUUGUCCUCUCUGGCUUCAAUUGUUCCCGCCGGCCCCCUGAGUCUAGACCUGAUGGCAC